AUGCGGUGGGCUGGUGACCCGUUGCUCGAAAAGGUCAUCCGCAGUCAAAUGUGGUAUAUACAGCAGUCCUUUGCAGGGUGGGCGCAUUUUCCUGAGCAUGCGGCCAAGGAGAUGAACCACACACUAGUCAGAGAUUUGCUCUUACACUUCCACAGCUCGGAUUUCAACGUGCACAGUUCAAGCUUCUACUUGAUGCUCUCCUUUGCAGAUGAUUGGAUGCCCCACGUGCAGGAAGCUUUUGGGUUCGGUUUGUUGGGUCUGUUGGAUCUGUUGCUCCUCUCACCGAAAGAGCACUGGGGGCGCAAGAAGUUUAUUUUGAUGGUGCUGGAGAGUAUUUCCCCAUCGCUGGGUUCAGCUCAGCGGCAAAGGUGGGUGGAUGUGCUCACGAGACUGCUCAAACAGGAGGACGCGCGAGAGAAGCAAGAGGUCAUCAUUUCCAACAUCGAGAUCUUCUACUCGGCGGACAAGGACCCCAGAAGUACCUUUCCGGAAGCGGACGCGCGGCUUGAAGAGAUUCAGCGGUCAAGGUCUACGACAGAGGCGGUACGAAAAUCGCUGUUCUCCAUGCGGUUUCCCCUGGGUCAGCCGUGA